GUUUGUAAUUGGACGAGAAAAACCGGGACAAGUGAGUGAGGUUGCACAGCUGAUUAGCCAAACUCUAGAACAAGAACGCCGCCAGAGAGAGCUGCUGGAGCAGCAUUAUGCACAAUAUGAUGCAGAUGAUGAUGAGACAGGGGAAUAUGCUACAGAUGAAGAAGAUGAAGACAUGGGGCCUGUCCUUCCAGGAGGUGACAUGGCUAUUGAAGUAUUCGAUCUCCCUGAAAAUGAUGACAUGUUCUCCCCCAGUGAUGUGGACACCAGCAAGCUUGCUCACAAAUUCAAAGAGGUUACACAGACUGAGUCAUUUUGCAAGCUAGACAUUUUAAUUUACAAUCUACUGCACUGCAGCACUCUUCAAGGCCUUCUGCUAUGUAAUAAGUUGCAAAUCAAACAUGCAGUUACAGAAGCUGAAAUUCAGAAGCUGAAGACGAAGCUGCAGGCUGCUGAGAAUGAGAAGGUGAAGUGGGAAUUGGAGAAGACCCAACUCCAGCAGAACAUUGAGGAGAAUAAGGAAAGGAUGAUGAAAUUAGAGAGUUAUUGGAUUGAGGCACAAACCCUGUGUCACACGGUGAAUGAGCACCUUAAGGAGACGCAAAGCCAGUAUCAGGCUCUGGAGAAGAAAUACAACAAGGCAAAGAAAUUAAUCAAGGAUUUUCAGCAAAAAGAACUUGACUUCAUCAAACGCCAGGAAGCUGAACGAAAGAAAAUAGAAGAAUUGGAGAAAGCACAUCUUGCAGAGGUUCAAGGCUUACAAGCUCGUAUACGAGACUUGGAAGCUGAAGUUUUCAGACUAAUGAAGCAAAAUGGGAGUCAGGUUAACAAUAACAACAAUAUUUUUGAAAGGCAGACAUCUUUUGGAGAAGUUUCUAGAGGAGAUCCAGUGGAGAAUCUGGACACUAAGCAGGUGUCCUGUCUGGAUGGUUUAAGUCAAG